AUGCGUCCCCGUAACUUUAUCUUUUGGGCCACUCAUUACGACGACCCUGAAGACGACGAUACCAUCAGCAGGGACAGUCAACUAGAACUGCUCUCUCAUAUAUGUGUGAGUCUUGAGAUGGUUUUCUUGCCUAAAGCUCGCUAUUUCCCCACCCUUCCAUCUAUCAAGACAAUCGAACUGGAGCUCGAUACGCCCCUGGAUCUUGCUCUUCAGGUCAUUCCUGCCACGGGAAUUUUAGAGACGCUAGAGGAUGGUUUUGAGAGUCUAGGACACCUGCUUGCAGAAAGGAAGGUCGAGAAGCUGGUCAUUAUUAUGGACAUGGUGAUGCAGGGUGAUGCUAUCUAUGUGAAGGACAUGUUUGAGGCCUCUGCCAUAGACCAUCUUGGCGGACACGGUCGGAUCAUCCUGACAGUCUUUAUGAUGUUAAUGAACGUCCGAAACUUACAUGCAAAUCUCUUCCAAUACAUCAUCGGCAUCUGGUUAUUCUCGCACACCACCGCAGUCGAAGUCUACGUCAUCCUGAACCGUCUUGGUUUCUCGGUCUCCUACAGUUCAGUCCUCGACUUUCUUCGUAUACUCUCCAGCAAAGCUCGUGAAAGCUUACAGCGGAGUGCUCUCGGUGGUUCUGGAUGCUCAUCUUCGACAAUAUCAACCGCAUGUUCCGUCCUGGCGAUCCCGAUCUUGAAGAUUGCGAACCCGAAAAGGCGUUCUACCCCGAACCUCCUUACGACACUGGAGGAAGGUCGUCGCAAGGCAUUGACGCUUGCUACGUUACGCGACCGCCUUGAUCUCAAGAGCAUACAUUUCAUCAUCGAGCUCCACAUAGUCAGCUUUUUGAUUGAGCAUGUAGAACGCUCGGCUCACCAUCAGGAACUCAUUACUCUUCAUCUCGGCACAACUAACGCUUUUGACCGAAUGCGCAACAGCCGGAGGACGAAGCUAUCGCCAAUGGCUACUAGCGAUCUCAAGGCAGAGACUGCGAAGGUCCUCGAUGACUACGUCCACUGGAUUUGCCAAAGGACGAGGUCGAUAGAUUCCUUCGCAUCGUCGGUGGGGACCAAUCUAGGGCUCCGACAAGAAAUGCUCUCUGUGCAUGGAUGUAAGGUCAACUUGCCUAUCAAUGGCGAGACAAGACCUAAUAAGCAGCAUAGGGCGCACCUCAACACAGACAACCUCGACAAUUUCUUCGAAAACAGCGACCUGGACUUUGAGGAUCUCAUGACACAUGCGAAGGCAGUUUGCGAUAAGUAUGCGACGUCUACCGCGUACGAAACUGCCCUCCACGGUGGCGAUGCCACUCAGCUAAAGAUGCCCGGGGCUUGGACGGCUGAGGGCGACACCGUUCUAGCAAACGUCAUCCUUCGGACGCGCAACUCUUUGCUUCAUUACGAGUUUCAGUGGAGUAUGGCCGAUGAGGAUAUAAGACGGGCAGUGAACGUGAUGUCGUCUGACUCACUUCAAGAAGACGUUCUCAACAACUGGCUCUGCAAUCUGACGGGCUACUUAGGCGGGCAGGUUCCGAUGGAUCUUCUACAGGAGCACAACAUCAAGCAGCUGAAGGAGAUGUCGCAACAGAGAGACGCUACCUUUGGGGGAGAGUUCUUCCGACAGGUGGUCUCGAUGAACAUUCGGUCCUUCCUCGGGAUACGACAAGUAUUGCGAUCUGCGGUCAGUCUCAACAAACGGAGCCAAAUACACCGACGUAAGAAGAAGGUGGCAGCGAUACGCGAGUUUACCAAGGAGAUGGAAGCGCACGAUUUGCACGAGUAUCGUGCCGGUCGGUACCCGGGUCACACAGCGGACAUGCUGGAUCAGGAGCUGCAGGGAGGGCAUGAGGAAGACGAGGAGGAAAUCAUCUUACCCUCCAUUAUUUUACCCAACAUUCUUGUGGAGGGAUCAUUGGCACUCGGAGAUGAAGGCCUCGAGGACGAGGUCAUUCAGAGAUCUGAGCAAGAAAAGGAGGAUAGGGAUAAAGCAAAAGGAGAGGCAAACCAGAAGACAAAUCCCAAGGUGUUGAUCAUCGUCUCGCCCUUCAUUCCUCUCGAAGCCGACCAGAAGACGGCCGUAUCUCGGUCGUCAUUACAUCUCCGAAUGUGUUUGGAGCAUGAGAAACUUUGUGCUCUGCUCAACACAGCAACGUUUGCCAAGCGCAUUGGAGCCUUCGUCCUCGACGAGGCGCACUGUAUCACGCAGUGGGGUGAUAGCUUUCGCGAGAUCUACGCUAAGCUGGGAACCCUUCGCGCAUUCGCAGCAUAUACACCAUUCCUUGCGACGUCGGCUACACUCACCCCCAAGGACCUGACGAGUAUUCGCAAGUAA